CCUUGUUUUAGUACGACCGCACAGUCUGACGGACCAAUACAAAUGAUGCUACUGCAAUCACUACUGUAUGUGAGUUUUGGAGUUUAGUGGGCAAAUCCCACAGUCCAGGAUUCGGUCUCAAAUUGUGAUCUGAUAAUAAUGUCAUGUCCAUGUAGAUUCAUCAACGAAUAAAGUGUCUUAAAUGUCUUUGAUUGACAACAGGCUAGUUAGCUAGCUAGGUAGUUAGGUGAACUACGAUACAGGAGGUUGCCACGAGCUUGGGAGGAUUCUUCAGUUUCUAAUCUCGUUUGAAAUCCCAUGCUGAGUCAGGUCUCUGCGUUGUUUGGAAAUUUAGCGAAGAGGAGCAGUGGACCUCUGGCUCGGUUUUGCACAAGCUGUGUAAUGGCGAAGAGUAAGUUUGAGUACGUGCGCAGCUUUGAGACUGAUGACACGUGUUUACGGAACUGCUACAUCGUCGUUCGACUGGAUGGCCGCAAUUUUCACAAGUUUGCUGAGCAGCACAACUUUACAAAGCCCAACGAUGACAGAGCUUUAGGCCUGAUGGCCCGCAGCGCACGCUCCGUCAUGGAGGAUCUGGAGGACAUUGUUAUAGCUUAUGGGCAGAGCGAUGAGUUCAGCUUUGUGUUUAAGAGAUCAACCAACUGGUUCAAAAGAAGAGGAAGUAAACUGAUGACCCAUGUGGCAUCACAGUUCUCCUCCAGCUAUGUGUUUUAUUGGAAGGAGUAUUUUGGAGAGCAGCCGCUGCUCUAUCCUCCAGGCUUCGAUGGCAGAGUUGUCUUAUAUCCAACCAACCGUAAUCUAAAAGACUACUUAAGCUGGAGACAGGCUGACUGUCACAUUAACAACUUGUACAACACUGCUUUUUGGACACUGGUGCAAAAAGGUGGACUCUCCACAGCUCAAGCAGAGGAGAGGCUAAAUGGAACUUUGUCUGCAGAUAAGAAUGAAAUGUUGUUUUCAGAGUUUAAUAUGAAUUACAACAAUGAAUCACCUCUACACAGAAAAGGCACCACACUGAUUUGGGAAAAGGUUGAUGAAACGUUGACUAAAACAAUCACGUUGCCAGAGGAAGGAGAAAAAGAGGUCACUUUUACACGGAGCAGAAGAAAAGUUACAGCUCAUAACUGUGAUAUAAUUGGAGAUUUGUUCUGGGAAGAACAUCCGGACAUUUUAGAGGAAGACAGCUGCUGAAUAUAAACAUGGUGAAAAGACUGGAGCUGGACUAAUAAAUGUUUUAGUGUUGACACAAACAUAAUAAGAUUUUCUUUAUUUCCACAAAAUAAAAGGUUUACAUAUAUAUAUAGUUUUAUAUAUAGUUUUUUUGUACUGCUUUUAUUUGCCAGGUUAAAGAAUGACUGACUCAUGUGCUCUGCCUUAAGAAGGAAAACACUAUUCCUAGUUAUAAUUAAGAAACAGUUCUAUUGUUCCUUCUCAGAAGGAAGUCACGGGUAAGUCAUGUUCCAUCAGAGUACAAUCAGUAUGUUCAUACAGGUCACUUCCCAAGUCAGAAAUUAUUCAGAUUAUUAAUUUGGAUGCAAGGAAGAACCUGGAUGAACAUGCAGCUCUGCUCUGACACCACAAGGUGGCAUCAUGGAGCUUUCAGACAUUGCUCAUGAAUCUGACCUACAUGUUAAAUCUGUCAGUUACCUCCAUGGAGGCUUCUGCAUUGUCUGGUGGGAUUUUAAUAAUCAGUUAAUUAGAAAAUAUUUUGCCUAUUACAGUCAUUGAAAUCAUUAGCUCCUAGUCCAUCAGAAUAUAAUGAAAAUAAAAAGGUUGUACACUUC